GGGGUUAAUUGACGAUAUGAUAAUUAAUCAACUAUGUCGGCUUUGUCGAGACGCGCACAGAUAUUAUCUUAAUUGUAAGGAGAAAUCUUACCACAAAAUGCACAAGUACAAAAUGUAUGACGUCGCUUCAAGGCGAUAUUUAUCGUACAUACCUAUGUACCUUAAAAAUAAGGCUAGUAUUAGAAUGUAUUCGUCAUUUUCGCACAUAGAUGAUACUGGUAAAGCGAAUAUGGUAGAUGUCGGAUGGAAACAUGACAGUAAACGCGCGGCAAUAGCAAGGGGAUUCGUCAAGGUAGGUCCUAUUAUUAGUAAUCUGAUUGCGGAGAACAAUGUAAAGAAGGGCGACGUGUUAUCGGUGGCCCAAUUGGCCGGUAUCAUGGCAGCGAAACGUACCUCCGAUCUUAUCCCCCUGUGCCAUCCACUCGCUUUGUCUUACGUAAACGUAUGUCUAAGAUUGAUCGAGGAAUCGCACAGUGUGGAAAUUAUAUCAGAGGUCAGGUGCACCGGUAAGACAGGUGUCGAAAUGGAAGCUUUAACUGCUGUGAGUAUAGCCGCUCUUACAAUUUACGAUAUGUGUAAAUAUGCGGUUACUCCUGGUACAAUGAAGAUAUAUAAUAUAGAAUUGAUAUCGAAAACGGGUGGUACAAAGAGUGAUUUUACAAUAGACAAAACGUAAACGGUUUAUCUUUAUCGUAACAGUUUAUCCUAUUGAUGAAUUUAUGAUUCAUCGAUAGCAUAAAGAUUUAUUUUGCUAAGUUUUAAACAAUACAGAACAGCAAAAUGUAUAAAAAAAUCCGCGUAUAAGAGAAGGAGUUAUUAUGUAUAUUUGAAUUGUUUUGUGUGUGAAUACUUAUUCAAUUUUUAUAAUGUUGUAUUACAUUUUUAUAGUUUAUUUUUACGCAUAAUCGUUAAUUAUUAUAUAAUAAUAUAAUGUAUAAUAUUUUAUAUGCAUCAUUUACGUAUAUAGGGGGUUAUAAGUAUAAUAGAAUAAUUAUAUAGAAUAGGAUUCUUUUAAAUAUUGAAUGAUAUGAAUAAAGAAAUGACUAAUCUUGCAUAAUUUAUAGGAACUACUUUAUAAUAUAUAAUAUUUUUAUAUGUGCACAUGAUCAUUGUAAAGUAGUUUAUUAUUUGAUGUAUAAUAACGGAAACAUGACUAUUCUAAUAUUUUAUCGAAAUAUUUAAUAAUUUUUCUAUUUUUUGUUUUCAAUUUAAACAGACUAAUGAUUAUUCCCCCCUAAUAGAUUUCUAAGUGAGAAAAGUCUUCUCUCUAUAUUAAAAAAAAAAAAUAGUAAAAGUUAUCAAUGAAACAAGGUGCUUCCACAUGUAAUAAUCAGUAAAGAAAUGUUUUUACAUAGAAAAUGUUCCUGUAAGUUUAAACAAACAUAUAUAUCUAUUUGUUUAAAUUGAAGCCAGAAUUAUCUGAAAAAUUAUUGCGACUAUGUAUAAAAUCAUAAUGAUAAGAAUAAAGAAUUUAUACAUAUUGUUAUCUUCGAAAAGAAGUUGAGAGUAAAGUGUAAUAAUAAGAAACAUAAUAUGGCGCUUUCCUAUUUGGAAAACUCCGUUUACUGAAAAAGACCUGAGCUAACGCUUUAAUAAGCAUUAAUAUAAUAUAAUGUCGUAAGAAUGAAUAAAAAUGUCUUUGAAAGAACGGAUGAAUUCUUUAACUAACAGAAGGAUUCUUUAUACGCUUGUGAAAAAAAGCAGAUGAAGAUAUGAAUAACUAAAGUUAUAUUAUUAGAUAUAUAUUGUAAGCUUCGCAAUUGAUUUAUACAUUGUAUUUUUUAAAAACUAUUAUGUUUUUUUCGAAAUAUUUUCCUGCAAUAUAUCAUUUAACGUUUACAAAAA